GUGCAUGGUCACAUCGUGUUUCGGGCCAAUCGAUGUGCCGAUCAUUCACCACAUUUGCAACAAUGAGAGACACUCGCAUGCACAUAUAAAAACCCAUACCUCCUCACCUCGAUAGUGCACGGCAAGCCUUGGUGUGUUCAACAUUACAGCAAUCAUGAUGACCCGCUGGAGUCGUUCAUUGCCCAUCGCCCUGGCAUUUUCCUGCUAUGCUGGAGCAUUGGCCCAAAGCUCUUCCUCUUCUCCCGCCGCCGCUCCCGUCUAUCAACCAACCAAGACUGCCACGCAAUUGACGACGACCGUCUCUGGUGCGACUAGCACAUACUCGGUCGCAUUCACUGUCCCAGUAUCUGCCGACGUCGGUGCCAAUGUCUUGCCGAACAUCAAGGAUCCCAAGGCAAAGAUUGCCCAACAAUUAUGCCCUGGGUACAUUGCCAAAAAUGUCUCACACACGGCGUAUGGUUUCAAGGCGAUCCUCGAGCUCGCAGGUCCUGCUUGCAACGCUUACGGCAACGACGUUGAAAGUCUUGCAUUCGAGUACGCUGUACAAUCCUCGCACCGCUUGCACGUCUCCAUCCAGCCGAGCCACUUAGGUAGCAAGAAUAUCACACAGUACAUCUUGGCAGAUGAGCUCGUGCCUCUCCCGAAGCAAAACACAUCAUAUGACUCGCAGGACGUCGACUUGCAAUUCACCUGGUCCAACCAUCCAUCUUUCUCAUUCAAGGUUAUCCGGAAGUCCGCCGGAGAUGUCCUGUUCGACACGACCGGCUCCGUUCUGGUGUUCGAAGAUCAAUUCAUCGAAUUUGUUUCAAAGCUGCCCGAAGACCACAAUCUCUUCGGCUUGGGUGAGCAGAUUCGCAACUUGAGGCUUGGCGACAACUACAAUGCUACUAUCUACGCGGCCGAUGCUGGCGAUCCGAUCGAUGGCAACAUUUACGGUUCGCACCCAUUCUAUCUCGACACUCGGUACUACCAGGUCGAUGAUUGCACGGGCGAGCACACUCUAGUCACCACGCAGAACACCAGUGCAAGUAAUGACUACAUCGGCAAGAGCCAUGGCGUUUUCCUCCGCAAUGCUCACGGGAUGGAAAUCCUCACUCGACCGACCAAUAUCACCUGGCGAACCCUGGGAGGAAGCGUGGACUUAUACUUCUUCGAUGGCCCUACCGCCGAAGAGGUGACAAGCCAGUACCAGGUGGAAGCCAUCGGUCUGCCGGCGAUGCAACAAUACUGGACCUUUGGCUUCCACCAGUGUCGUUGGGGCUACAAGAACUGGUCGCAGGUGGAAGAGGUUGUCAAGAGCUACCGCGAUUUCGACAUCCCGCUUGAGACCGUCUGGAACGACAUCGACUACAUGUUCCAAUACCGAGACUUCACCAACGACCCGAACACGUUCCCGUAUGAUGCUGGCAAAGAGCUGUUGGACCGCCUACAUGCGGACGGGCAACACUACGUCCCGAUCGUCGACAGCGCCAUCUACAUCCCAAACCCCAAUAACGCCUCUGACAAUUACUCCAUCUACACGGAUGGUAACGAUUGCGGCGUGUUCAUGAACAACCCCGAUGGUAGCCAGUACAUCGGAUCGGUCUGGCCAGGGUACACAGUCUUUCCCGAUUGGCUCUCCAACCAGUCUGUGCCGUGGUGGACAAAGAGCAUGCAGAGCCACCACGAACAAGUUCCAUGGGAUGGCAUCUGGAUUGAUAUGUCAGAAGUUUCUUCCUUCUGCGUCGGCUCUUGUGGUACAGGUAACCUGAGCCUCAACCCCGUUCACCCACCUUUUGGGCUCCCUGGAGAAGAAGGAUCGAAAAUCUUUACGUACCCAGAGGGCUUCAACUUGACUAAUGCCACCGAGGCCGCCAUUGCCUCGUCAUUGUCUGCUUCUCAAGCCUCUUCGGUCGCCUCCGCCACACCGCCAUCCACAGCUACCACGGCUUACUUCCCUUCGACCAUCCCGACGGCAGGUGUCCGGAACGUCAACUACCCACCCUACGUGAUCAACAACAUUCAGGGCGACCUAGCGGUCCACGCCGUGAGUCCCAACGCCACCCACGUUGGCGGAGUUGAAGAGUACGACGUCCACAACUUAUUCGGUCAUCAAAUCCUCAACGCAACCUACCAAGCUCUACUAGAGGUAAUCCCCGGGAAACGACCAUUCAUCAUCGGACGUAGUACCUUUGCGGGAUCGGGCAAAUGGGCUGGCCAUUGGGGUGGCGACAACACCAGCCUUUUCGCCUACAUGUACUUCUCCAUCAGUCAGGCGUUGAGUUUUUCCAUUUUUGGUAUCCCCAUGUUCGGCGUAGACACAUGCGGGUUCAAUGGCCAGUCAUCGGAAGAGCUGUGCAACCGCUGGAUGUCUCUGUCGGCUUUCUUCCCCUUCUACCGCAACCAUAACACCCUCUCCGCCAACCCUCAAGAGGCCUACGUCUGGAGCUCCGUCGCCGAAGCCUCCCGACGCGCCAUGAAGAUCCGCUACUCACUCCUGCCGUACAUCUACACCCUCUUCCACCAAGCCCACACCACCGGCUCCACGGUCAUGCGGGCCCUAGCAUGGGAGUUCCCCAACGACCCGAGCCUCGCCAGCAUCGACAACCAAUUCUUGCUAGGCCCCGCAAUCCUCGUGACGCCAGUCCUGGGCCAGGGUCUGACGAGCGCCAAGGGCGUCUUCCCCGGCGUCGCCAAAGGCCAGAUCUGGUACGACUGGUACAACCAAUCCGCCAUCACCGCCCGGCCCGGCGAGAACGUCACCCUGCCCGCCCCGCUCGGCCACAUCCCCGUGUUUAUCCGCGGCGGCUACGUCCUCCCGCAGCAGGAAGCCCUGUAUACCACCGCCGCGUGCCGGAACAGCUCCUGGAGCCUCAUCGCCGCGCUGGACGUCGACGGCACCGCGUCGGGGAGGGUCUACAUCGACGAUGGAGAGAGCGUCGCUCCGAACGCGACGCUGUCUGUGGAUCUCGUGGCCGUGGAUGGUGCGCUGUAUACUUCUGCCAGGGGCCUCUAUCGGGAUUCGAAUUCGCUCGCGAAUGUUACGGUGCUGGGUGUGAAGGGCGCGCCUGCCAAUGUCAGCUUCAAUGAUGAGGCUGUGCCGUUUGCGUAUAAUGUUUCGAGUCGGGUUCUGAAGGUCCAGGGUUUGCAGAAUGUUACUAGAAUGGGCGCUUGGGCGGAGGAUUGGUCGUUGAAGUGGGCGUGAAAUGAUGGAAGGACAUAUAGAUAUGCCAUUUUGAAGCAAAAGAAGCAGGCUAUGUUUGGUGGGGAAACGAAAAGGAAAUUGAUCACCAGUCACUUGGACUAGAUAACUGAAACGAAACGUUCCAUUCAUAAAUCCGUUUCGUCUUCGGAAUUAGCAUUAUCAUUACGUUAGGUCAUCCCUCUCCAUCAUCCGCUUCCUCUCCAAACCAUCGCCCUC